UCCUCUUCCUCCUCCUCCUCCUCCCCUCCCCGCCAAUUUCCUUCUCGUCCUCUCCACCAACGUCGGGACCGCCGCGGGGAGAUCCCGGGCAAAAGCGACGGCGGGCAGCCAUGGAGGCGGCGGCGGGUCGAAGAAGCUCUCCGUGCCCGGUUCUGCGCGCCCCUCUUUGGCCGAGGCUUUGCUGCCUGCUACUCCUGCUCCCCCGGCCGAGCAGCGGCACCUGGACCCGCGCGGGGCAGCAAUUCGCCUCCCGCAGAAACUGGUGUUCCUACACGGUGACCAAGACGGUUUCCUGUCACAUCCAAAAUGGCACCUAUCUCCAGAGAGUUUUCCAAAAUUGUCGUUGGCCUAUGGGCUGUUCGGGGGGCAGCUACAGGACGGUGAUCCGACCGACGUACAAGCAGGCGUACAAGACGGUCACAGCUCUGGAGUGGAAAUGUUGCCCUGGGCAUUCAGGAGCCAACUGCGAAGCAGACACCGUCAGCUACCAAGAUACUCCAGGUGCCUCACAGGGCAUCUCUGCUCUGAGCAGACUGCCCAUCCGACCUGCAACAUAUUCCGGUUGUUUCAACUGCAGCAAAUUCUCUGAGCUUUUGGCAAAAGUCAACCUCCUGGAAGCCAAGGUAGCAACGUUCACGGCAGGUGAAUCCAGUCCUUCGGCUGUAUCUCGACGAUGUUUGACCGCCUCGGGCGACGCUGCCCCCGACCCUUUUAAUCGGUGGCCCUCUCAGGCCACACAAGGAAAACCCGGAGAAGAACGUGGGAUGGGAAAAUUGGCUUCCCAAGGGCCCCCGGGCCCCAUAGGGCCUAAGGGGGAUGCUGGGAUCCGGGGCCCUUCGGGCCUUCCUGGGGUCAAGGGCCCUGUUGGACCACAGGGUCCCGUAGGUCCACCUGGUCCACCAGGACAAGAUGGGGCCAGGGGCUUUCCUGGUGAGAAGGGUCUCCCAGGACCCCCGGGACCUCCGGGACCCCCGGCUCCAGUCGGGCCCCAAAUUUCACCAAUCCCAGAUCAAGGAGAUUUGCUUCUCUCCAACUCCUUCCCAGAAACGGCUGUAACUGGUCCAGCUGGACCUCCGGGACUUCCGGGCCCAACAGGUCCUCCAGGACCUGCUGGAAAACCAGGCUCUCCGGGCCGUGACGGAAUUCCAGGAUCACCGGGUACUGAUGGAGCUGCUGGUACCCUUGGACCGAAAGGCGAGAAGGGGGAAUCAGGUCUCAAGGGUGACCCAGGCGAGAAGGGGUCCUGGGGGGAGGGUUUACACCAGCUCCGAGAGGCUUUGAAGAUUUUAGCAGAAAGGGUUUUAAUCUUGGAGGCCAUGAUUGGGCUGCAUGAACCAGAUCUGGGAUCCGGCUUUGAUCCGACCGCUACGGGCGUUUCCGGCUACGAUCGCAAUAAGCGCAACGAGAACAUGGCGGCCUACCGGGUGAGCUCACACCAUCUUUCUCGGAAGGGAGAGGAGAGGAAGAAAUGAAGAAGGUUCUGCCCACCAUCUGGCAAAGAAGAAGAAUCACGUCUGGACUGAGGGACCUCCGAGGUGGAGGGAGCACCAGGCUCUCCUCCUCCUCCUCCUCCUCCCUCUGCCUUGGACCAGUGGUGAAGGAGACAGUGGGGUUGGGUGGGGCUGUUCGAUGAACCAGGUUGGGGACGGGACCCUGCUAACAAAUCCUCCUCUGUAUUUAUUUGUUCUUUUCACACGGGGGAUUUGUUCCUGCUCUGGAACCAAUAGGAAUAGAUGGUGUGGCAGAGG